UCAAGUUUUAAUCUUGUUUCAAAGAGAACUUGACCCUAUAGUGGCAGCGAUCAAGGAUGGAGAUGAAAAAGCAGUAUGCAACAUGAUGAAAUCAGGAAAAAACCUUUCUAAACCUAAUAAGGAUGGCUGGAUACCCCUCCACGAAGCUGCAUACUACGGCCAAGUGGGUUGCCUGAGCCUGUUGCAAAAAGCCUACCCCAGCACCAUCGACCAACGCACUCUCAAUGAGGAGACAGCUCUCUACCUGGCCACCAGCCGGGGCAACCUGGACUGCCUGCUCACCCUGCUGCAGGCUGGGGCUGAGCCCGACAUCUCCAACAAGGCCAGAGAAACGCCGCUCUACAAAGCCUGUGAGCGUAAGAAUGCGGAAGCCGCAAGACUCCUGGUACAGUACAAUGCGGAUACCAACCAUCGUUGUAAUCGAGGAUGGACUGCUCUCCAUGAGGCUGUCUCCCGAAAUGACCUGGAGAUUAUUGAUAUUCUUGUGAAAGGGGGUGCCAAGAUUGAGUCGGCAAACGCCUACGGGAUCACUUCUUUAUUUGUGGCAGCUGAGAGUGGGCAGCUGGAAGCCUUGAGAUACCUUGCAAAAUGUGGUGCUGAUAUAAAUACUCAAGCCAGUGAUAAUGCCACUGCCCUUUAUGAAGCCUGUAAAAAUGGACAUGUACAUAUUGUGGAGUUUCUUUUGUCCCAAGGAGCAGAUGCUAACAAAGCCAAUAAGGAUGGCCUGUUACCUCUUCACAUAGCAGCCAAAAAAGGGAUUUGCGAGAUUGUCUCCAUGCUGAUCCCUGUGACCAGCCGCACCCGCGUCAAACGUAGUGGCAUCAGCCCCCUGCACUUGGCGGCCGAACGGAACAACGAUGACAUCUUGGAAGAGCUGAUAGAUGCUGGCUACGAGGUCAACAGUGCCCUCUCCAAUGAACGGUCCUGCCUUUAUGAGGACAGACGCACCACCCCCCUCUAUUUUGCAGUUUUUAACAACAAUAUCUACGCCACAGAGCUCCUGCUGCAAGCCGGAGCCAACCCCAAUAUUGACCUCAUCAACCCAUUACUCAUCUCCAUCCGUCAUGGCUGCAUGAAGACCAUGAAACUGCUCCUUGACCAUGGAGCAAACAUUGAUGCCUAUAUAUCAAGUCAUCCCACCACAUUUCCAGCUACCAUCAUGUUUUCAAUGAAGUACCUCUCCGUGCUGAAGUAUCUCCUGGAUCUGGGCUGCGAUGCAAGUUCCUGUUUCGAGUGUCAGUAUGGGAACGGCCCCCAUCCUGCAUUAAAUUACAGACGGGAAAGACUUAAUGAUCCUCAGCUGACUAAGGAGCCAACCAUAGUACAGUUUUGUGAAAUGGUGUCUACUCCAGAGAUAAGUCGCUGGGCUGGGCCAAUCAUUGAUGUUCUCCUGGAUUAUGUGGGUAAUGUGCAGCUCUGUUCCCGGCUCAAGGAGCAUAUUGACAGCUAUGAGGACUGGGCUGUCAUUAAAGAAAAAGCAGAACCUCCGCGACCUCUUUCCCAUCUUUGCCGCAUCAAGGUACGAAGCCUGGUUGGAAGAAACCGCAUUAAGCUUCUUGACACCUUGCCUCUCCCAGACAGACUGAUCCGAUACUUACAGCACGAUUACAGACAGUGACCCCAGGCACGAUGGAUAUGCAGUGGCUUCCCGGCAUGGCACCCAGCAUCACCAGCAUGGCAAGGGCCCACAGCGGGGAGGAAUUGCUGCUGGCUUGGUCAAGCACCCUCCAAUGACUAAUCUAAGAGAAAUAUGCUUUUGAAGCGUGAGUGAGAAGAAAAUGGAGGAGACAGAGCUAAAGAUAGGACUGUUGUUAGGUUUUUCAAGAGCAAACACAUGAUUCACCUCUGCGCUUGUUCUGCAAAGAACAAGAAAUGAAAGCUGACACUGACAAAUGAGUCGUACCAAUAUUCGGAGAGGAAUACAAAGGUAUCCAGGGGUUGUGGUGAAGCUUAACAUCCUUGCUGUGAUGACAAUUAAGAAAUUGUUGAGAGUCAACAUAUUUGGGAAGACAAUCACAUUUCCUUCA